UCUGAAUUAAAUCCAAAUUCUCUGUAUUAUUGCUUGUCUAUAUAAUUGCUCACUCGCACAUUAACAUUCUUCACUGCCAAUACUCUCUCUCUCUCUCUCUCGCUCUCUCUUUAUCUUUCUUUUUGUGUGUAUGUAUCUGUGGCUUCAAGAUGAGAAUAGGAAUAGCUCCAAUGUCAACGUGGUUGUUCUUGCUUAGUGUUGUUGUUAUCCAAUGCGUGGUGCUUCAUGCAAGUGGUACUACAGAGCCCAAGAAUGAAGGUUUAUUCUCAGACCCAGAGACUGAGAGCAUGAGUUUGGACAGUGGUGGACUUAGCAGAGACAAGUUUCCGAAGGGCUUUGUGUUCGGAACGGCCACUUCUGCAUAUCAAGUGGAAGGCAUGGCCCACAAGGAUGGUCGUGGGCCCAGCAUUUGGGAUACCUUUGUUAAAAUUCCAGGGAUUGUUGCAAACAAUGGGACUGCAGAUGUUUCCGUGGACCAGUAUCACCGUUAUAAAGAAGAUAUUGAAAUAAUGAAAAAGCUCAACUUUGAUGCAUACCGGUUCUCAAUUUCAUGGUCCAGAAUUUUCCCAGAUGGAACCGGGAAAGUAAAUCACAAAGGUGUGGCAUACUACAAUAGAUUGAUCAACUACUUGCUAAAAAGAGGCAUUACUCCAUAUGCAAAUCUAUACCAUUAUGAUCUUCCCUUAGCACUUGAGAAGAAGUACAAGGGAUUAUUAAGUGACCAAGUCGUGAAAGACUUCGCCGAUUAUGCAGACUUCUGUUUCAGGACAUUUGGAGACAGAGUGAAGAAUUGGAUGACAUUUAAUGAACCUAGGGUGGUCGCUGCUCUUGGAUAUGAUAAUGGGUUCUUUGCUCCUGGAAGGUGCUCCAAGCCAUAUGGAAAUUGUACAGCUGGAAAUUCUGCAACUGAGCCAUAUAUUGUUGCCCAUCAUUUGAUUUUAGCUCAUGCAGCUGCAGUGCAGAGAUAUCGGGAAAAGUAUCAAGAAAAACAAAAAGGAAGAAUUGGAAUUCUUUUGGAUUUCGUUUGGUACGAACCUCUUACCAGAUCUAAAGCUGACAACUAUGCAGCUCAAAGAGCAAGAGACUUCCAUGUUGGAUGGUUUAUUCAUCCCAUUGUAUAUGGUGAGUAUCCAAGAACAAUGCAAUAUAUUGUUGGGGAUAGACUACCCAAGUUCACAAAAGAGGAGGUUAAGAUGGUGAAAGGUUCAAUGGAUUUUGUGGGCAUCAACCAAUAUACUGCUUACUACACGUAUGAUCCACAUAAAUCAAAACCAAAAGUUUUAGGGUACCAGCAGGAUUGGAAUGCUGGAUUUGCUUAUAAAAAGAAAGGAGUGCUUAUUGGUCCAAAAGCAAAUUCUUAUUGGCUCUACAAUGUACCAUGGGGGUUGUACAAAGCCAUAACGUACAUAAAAGAGCAUUAUGGAAAUCCUACUGUGAUUCUAUCUGAAAAUGGCAUGGAUGACCCGGGUAAUGUCACAAUUUCUAAGGGAUUGCACGACACUACUAGAAUCAACUUCUACAAAGGCUAUUUGACUCAAUUGAAGACGGCCGUUGAUGAAGGAGCAAAUGUUGUUGGUUACUUUGCAUGGUCAUUGCUUGACAACUUUGAAUGGAGAUUAGGUUACACUUCAAGGUUUGGAAUUGUCUAUGUUGAUUUCGCCAACCUCAAGAGGUAUCCAAAGAUGUCUGCCUAUUGGUUCAAGCGUCUACUUCAAAGAAACAAGCAUUAAGCAGCCAGCUAUGUUCUUGUUAAUUAGAAAUGGUGUUAUGCAGUAAAACUAUAACUAAUAUCAAGGUACUAAUGCAGGUGCUAAGGUUCUUCCCUUCUGUUUACUUUUACAUUAAUAAAGUUUUUUUUCUUUUUCUUUCUUAAACUGUAAUCAUAUGGAAAUAACCAUGAAAUUUUAAGAAUGUCUUUCGAUGACUUCUGCAA